AUGAACUACUUCAAACGUGUUGACGCACAGAAACGCACAACUGUUCUGGAUGCUCUUCUGAAGAUUCAAAACGAAAGGGGUCAGUCCACUGGUACCUCGGAGGAGCUCAUUGAGAUGGUGGUGCUCUUGCUGGCUCAUUUUGCUGAGAAGGAAGAGCAUCUCCUACAGUUCAUCGAUAAGACCAGCCUUGCUGAGGAUGUUCAGAUGGAGAAUGUGCCACCUACACCCUGCCUCAUUGUGUGUGACCCGACCGCGGGCUCAAAGAACACUUCUCUCUGGAUCGUAGCCCGACUUCGCUCCCUCAUAGGCGGCUUCCAGGGAUCGGCACGGGUCCAGGGUCGAGAUUCAAAAGCAGCCGGAGAUGCGGUUGCUUUUCGGCUCGAAAUUGGGGAGAAGAUUGUGUCAGAGCAGGACAUGUAA